AUGUUUCUCACCAAGCUUUUCACUUUUUCCGUCCUGUCUUUGCCCGUUGUAAACGGCCAGGGCACUGACGAUUGUCCCGAGAUUCCAGAGACUGGGGUCACUAUUGGCGAUCCUGUUCCCAUCCGACCGGAAGAUAUCCCAGCCGGCUGUUCUGACUUUGAGAUUCUUGUUGCUCGAGGAACGAGUGAGCCUAAUUAUGUUGGCGGCGGAGGCAAGUUCGGCAUCAUCGUCGGUGACCCGGUCGUUAGCAAUGCCACUGUUGCUCUGCCUGGUGCCAGAGGAUACCCGUAUCCGGCCAGUUCGCAAAUCAUCACGGGCGUACGUCAAGGUUCUAGAGACGUGGUCAACCGUCUCAAGUCUCAGGCGGCUGCCUGCCCCAAUCAGAACUUCUCUCUCGUUGGAUACUCUCAGGGCGCAUCUGUGAUGCAUGCUGCCGCAGCUGAUAUCCCAGCUGAGCUCUACGGCCGCAUCAAAUCUCUGGUGAUGUUUGGAGAUGGAUACUUGAAGCUCGGAGCCAGCCUAAGCAAAUUUCCUGCCGGGCUGAACGAGAAAGUGAGGCAGGUCUGUGCAGCUGGCGAUCCAAUCUGCGAUGCCGGUGGUACCUGCACAUUCUUCCACCUCACUUACAUUCGCCCUGAGUUCAUCGAUCCUGCCGUCGACUUCAUCGUCCAAAAGUUCAGUCAGUAA